AUGGAACGACGGUAUAGAGUUGGGCGGUUCACUCAGAAGGGACUUUCAUAUCUCCUAGAGAGAUGCACACGGCUGGAGGCACUUCAUCUCAAUUCCCAGCCCAAUCUGACCGUCAUUCCUGCGUCAAUCGGCGGCCUUGCGUCACUCAAGAGCCUGCGCAUCAAGGACAGGGGGAGAGUCGCUCUCCAUCCAGGCGCGUUCACCUCGUUACAGGCACUCGCGCAUCUCGUGCUUGAAAUGUACGGCCUGGGCGAACUACCUCAGGGUUUCGGAAAUCUGAGGCUACUCAAGUCGCUCCGGCUACACAGAUGCACGCGUCUCAGAUCUAUUCCCGAGUCUUUCGGGCAGCUUACCAACUUGACCCAUCUUUUCAUCAGCAGGUCCGCGAGGCUUCAGCUGCCCGAAUCCAUCUCCAACCUUUCAUCCCUGCUGACCCUCGAAAUUUCUUACUGGAAGAAGCUUUCACCGCUUCCAGAGAGUUUUGGAUACCUGCCGGCGCUUGAAACCAUCCGCCUGGAGUGCGUGGAGGGAUUCACCAACUUUCCUGCAAGUCUUGGGCAGCUGCAGCGGUUGCGGUUCCUUACCGUCAUCUACUGCCACGAUAUAGUCUCUCUCCCUGCCUCCCUCUCCCACCUGCCUUGUCUGACGGACCUUAUCCUUAUCAAUCUACACCUACGCCAUCUGCCUCUCGACGCCGCUUCUCUGACGCACCUACGCAUGCUCAGGCUAGACGUUGGAGCGGAUGUGCACCUGCAUCCCGCCAUGUACCUUGCUACCACACUUAAGAAGCUCACGCUUGAAAAAUCCGAAACUCCACAUUUUCUGCCCGAGGGAAUCGGGCAGCUGACUGCCCUGGAGGCCCUUCUUCUGCUUCAUAUUUUCGAGCUCAGCAGCCUGCCUGCAUCCCUUGGCAACCUGAGGAGCCUCAGGGAUCUGAAAAUAUCCGGAUGCAGCAUGCUGGCGCAGCUUCCAGACUCCCUCACUCUGCUGUCUUCCCUCGAGCUGCUGGAAAUCAGUUACUGCUGCAAUCUGACCGCGCUACCGCAGGGCGAUGGUCUGCAUAGCUUGCGCAUACUUAUUUUGCACGAAUGCACGGCACUCGCCCGCCUCCCUCCAUCCUUCUCCAACCUUUCCUCCCUCGAAACCCUAAAAAUCUUUGGAGCAACCAGCUUAGUUACGCUACCAGGCAGGUUCUCCCGCUUGACAAGCCUCAAGGAGCUCACUCUCUUCGACCUGCCACACCUGCUUGCCCUGCCUCCCUCCCUCCCUGCCAUCGGCCUCACUCUCACCAGCCUCGUGGUCAUCGGGUGCUCGCAAAUUACGGCACUGCCAGAGGAGAUCGGACAGCUGGGAGGGCUAGUGUGA